ACCACGGGCGUGUGAGGUGGUGAAGUGCCUUUCCGUUGCUUCUAGUUCCUGGAAUGAUGCGCACAUGGUUGUGUAUUCAAAAAUUAUAUUAGAGCAGUGAAAGUGUUGUGCAAAUGGCUUGCUGACAAAUGCCUAUGAUAGAGGAGUUUAAUUUAUUGGUGUUAGAUAGACUUAUAUUCUGCGAGAGUUUGCUUCUGAGAUGGCGGGACUCGGAACGCGCUCCUGGAGCCUGCUGCUCGUACUGCUCUCUCUCGUCUCAGGAAUGAGCGCCAACCUGCCGCCGGAGUUCAUCUCAAGCAUGGACCUGCACGUGGUGAGCGAGGACACUGCUGUGGGCACGUCCAUCUACACCCUCACUGCCCGCGACCCCGAGGGCAGCUCCGUCAGGUUCGGGCUCUCCGGUACCCCGUACAUCGCCGUCAACCCUGUGUCGGGGGUGGUUACUGUCACCCAGCAGCUAGACAGGGAGACCGCCGACUCGCUUCGUCUGACGGUGAGCGUGGAGGACGAGGUGGCGGGCGGUGCUAACAACGUCGUCACGCUGCCUGUCACUCUCAUCGUCAUCGACGCUAACGACAACCCCCCGGCAUUUGGCAGGGCGCUGUACGAGGCGUCUGUGGGGGAGGACAGUCCCCCCGGGUCGACGGUGCUGUCCGGCAUCACGGUCACGGACCUCGACCAAGUGGGCGACGCCCUCCAGCUGCGCUGCCUGCCCAAGUCCGCCAGUGACGACGUGUGUUCGGUGGUGCGCGUAGAAGCGUCGUCGCGCAGCUCGUCGCUCUUCACAGGCAACCUCGUGCUGGCCGCGUCGCUGAGCUACGCCCGCCGCAGCACCUACGAGCUCACGCUGCAGGCGUCCGACGGUGAGCUGUGGUCGUCAGCGGACGUGGUGGUCAGGGUCCGCGACGUGCAGAACCGUCCUCCUGAGUUCCGUGGGUCACGGACGGGCGUGAUCAGGGAGGACGCCGCCAUAGGGACGGAGGUCAUGACCGUCCACGCCGUGGACGGUGACGUCGGCCAGCCCAGGGACGUCGUCUACAGUCUCGUCGAGAAUCCGCACGAUUUCUUCCUGGUGGAGAGCAGCAGCGGCGUGCUGAGCACCGCCAGGCCCCUGGACAGGGAGGCGCUGUCCUCAGGGGAUGGCGUCGUCAGGCUCAUGGUCAAGGCAACAGAGGUGAACGAUGAUGGCACGCUAGCCAAGGACGAGGAGAGCUCCACGACGACCAUGAUUACGGUGACCAUUCGAGACGUUAACGACGAGGCACCGAAGUUCAAUAAACGCGAGUACAGGACGAGCGUUCCUGAGAACGUCGCUGACGGAACUCCUCUAGCCCUGCUGGACAUUCUGGUCCAGGACACGGAUGUGGGCUCGAAUGCGGUGUUCGGCCUGAGUCUCUUGGACGCAUCAGGGAAGUUCAGCGUGGAGCCUGAGGUGGCCGCGGGCUCUUCCUCCGUGAGCUUACGAGUCGCCAAAGGUCCUCUGGACUUCGAGAACCCCAACGAGCAGAAGUUCAUCCUGCUGGUCGUGGCCACCGAGACGCUCACUGAGGAGAAGCUGUCGUCCACCGCCACUGUCGUGGUCACGGUCACUGAUGUCAACGACAACGCGCCUGAGUUUGUUCAGGACGCGUACACGGCGAGUAUCAGCGAGACGGCGGUGCCGGGGUCCGUGGUGGGGACCAUCACUGCGCGGGACCGGGACCAGGGGGUGCUGGGCACCAGCGGCAUCGUCUACUCCCUCAGCGGCAACGGCGCGGACAAGUUCACGGUGCACCCCGAGAGCGGCGUGAUCACCGUCGCGGACUGCGCCACUCCGGGCGCCGGCGACUGCCUCGACUACGAGACCCGCGACACCUACUUCCUGUCCCUGCAGGCAACAGACAACGGCGGAAAGCCCGGCCAGAGUCAGAGCCGCGUGGUGCCUGUGAAGGUUUCGCUCACGGACGACAACGACAACCCGCCUGCCUUCCCUCGGCCGCUCUACACCAGCGCCAUCGAUGAGAAAGCUCCUGACUUCGACCCGCCCCUUGUGGUCAAGGCCGUGGACCCAGACAAGGUGUCACGCAUCACAUACAGUUUAGUGGGCAGCGAGGCGGCCUCGCUCUUCAAGAUCAACUCGCGCACCGCCAAGAUCUCUCUCGCCGACCCCAGCGCGGGACUCGACAUCUCCGACCUUCCCUCGGACACCAUCUCCCUCGUGGUCCAGGCAAGUGAUGGCAAAGCGACGUCACAAACUGAGGUGCGGAUCAGCGUUCGCGAUGCCAACAACCACAGCCCAGUGUUCUCGCAGGAGCUCUACCUGGCAGCUGUACAGGAGACCGCGCUUGUUGGGAGCGCCGUGAUGCAGGUCCAGGCGACGGACGGUGACGUAGGCGACAACGCAGCCAUCACCUACAGGAUCCAGCGCGGCGCCUUCCAGGACUUUGAUCUGGACCCUGGCACGGGCGUCCUCACCGUCGCCAGGCCCCUGGACUUCGACACUAGAGAGUCCUACAACAUCGAGGUGCUUGGCGCUGAUGGCGGGCGACCACAGCGCGUCUCCACGGCCACGGUCACGCUCUCAGUCGUCAACAACAACGACAAGAGCCCUAAGCUCACGCCGCACACGCAGAGGGCGCAGGUUGCAGAAGACGCUGAGCCUGGCUUCGUGCUGCACACCAUCACCGCAGAAGACCCUGACGUCGCUGAAGAACAUGGACUCAAGUAUCGCUUGAGCGGGGUGCUGGCUGCGGUCGACGGGGACGGCCGGCCUCUGGACCCGCAACUCCUGCCUGUCGUGCAGUCGAUGUUCGGAGUGAACGAAGCGACGGGCGAAGUGUACAUCACUGGGCCCCUGGACCGGGAGGUGGUGACGGAAGUGACGCUGGGGGUGACAGUGCAGGACGUGUCCGCCGUCCCUCCCCAGAACGGUCACGGUGCCCUCGUCAUCACAAUCCUCGACGUCAACGACUUCCCUCCCAUGUUUCCGCCGCCCUGGAGUCCGGAAUCUCAAGUAAUCCGUUUGCAAAUCCCUGAGGAAUUACCGAUCGGAAGCGUCGUUGCCAGCAUGGAGGCCACCGACGCCGACUCUAACAUUGGAGGCUACCGCCUGACUGUCGUGUCGCCUCCCGCGUCGGUAUCACGCCCAACUGAUGUGAACGGUGAUGCCAACACGACACUCAGUGAUGCCAACGCGACGCUGCUGGGGGAGGAGACGUCGCCCGUGCUCGCUAUAGACGCAGCGACUGGAGUGGUCACGGUCAACGGGCGGCUGGACUACGAGCAGCAGACGACGGUCGAGUGUCUGGUGGAGGUCGUGGACACCGGCCUGCCGCAGCUCACCACCACCGCCUCCCUCAUAAUACAGCUGGAGAACUUGAACGACGAGGCGCCAGAGUUCAGCAAGCCGUCGUACGAGGCGAGCGUGGAGGAGCACGCUGCCCCGGGCACGAGCGUCGUGCAGGUGCUCGCUGUGGACCGCGAUGUGGGCGAGCUCGGCAGGGUCCUCUACGAGAUCACAGGAGCUGACGCGUCGCUGCUGAGCGUGUCGGAGAGCGGCCUGGUGAGCGUGAGCCCCGGGGCUGUGCUGGACCGGGAGAGCAAAGACCACAUCGCCCUCAGAGUCGUGGCAAGGGACGCUGCUCCUCCUGGACAGACUCCGCGACAGACCAGCGUGCCGUUGUUGGUGCACAUAAAGGAUAUCAACGACCACUCACCAGUGUUCAGCCAGCGCGAGUACAGAGCGGCGGUGGUGGAAAACUUGCCACUCGUUCCCCCCGCGCCCAUCUUGCAGCUCACGGCGCACGACGCCGACGCCGGCGACAACGCGGCUAUUGCUUACGCCAUCACCGGCGGCGACCCAACCGGGAAGUUCCGACUGGAUGCUACGAGCGGCAUCCUGUAUCCUGCCAAGCCCCUCACCAGGAACUCGGAGGGCGCCUCGCCCACUGCCUCCUACAGCCUCACCGUCACCGCCACCGACCGUAACGGCACCGGCCGCACGUCGAGUGAGGCUGUGGUCCACGUGAGCCUCCUGCCUCAGAACCAACACAAGCCGCGCUACAUCUCCCCUGCCAGACCCAACCUCACCAUACAAGUGCCCGAGAAUGUGGACGCUCCUGUGGAGGUAGCGGUGCUGGCGGCCACAGACGACGACGUCGGGGACAACGGUCUGGUGCGCUACCACCUCCGCGUUGGCGACGCCAACGUCCAGCAGACCGACAAGUUCUCCAUAGACCCCAACACCGGACGCCUUCAGACCCGCGUCGCUCUAGACCGCGAGGACGUCGAGAAGUACGAGUUGUUGCUGGUGGCGAAGGACCAAGGUACGCCCAUCUCGUACGAGACGCUGCGUGUGCUCACCGUCGUCGUCAAGGACGAAGACGACCACCGCCCUGAGUUUGUGGGGGGCGAUCAAGCCCCCGGGCAGUUACCCACCUUCGUGCUCAGCGUUCCUGAGAACAGGCCGCCAGACACUAAAAUUGGCCGCAUUACCGCUGUGGACUUGGACGCUGACACGAACGCGCAGGUUUACUACCACAUCGUGGAGUCCGACUCUGCAGACCGCGGCCAGUUCUACGUGGACAAACUGCACGGGUUGUUGUACGCCUCGGUUGCCCUGGACCGUGAGCAGCGUAGCAACUACUCGCUCCUCGUGGCCGCCACAAACUCGCCUACGCUGGACCCCUCCGUGGCGGCGGCGGUCGCUGCCGCCCACCGCAACCAGACGCUGCCCAAGUACAGCAACGGAUCACUGGCGCGCGUCCGCAUUCUCGUCGACGACGAAAAUGACUCGCCGCCUAUGUUUGCUAAGAAGGAAUUCUUUGCUGGAAUAUCAUCAAGUGCUGAGGUCGACAAGCUGGUGCGGGUGGUGGCAGCUCGGGACCUGGACGCAGGAGUUAACGGCACCCUGCGCUACACCAUCACCGCGGCCAACCUCUACAAGCCUGGCGAGAGCAAGAGUAUUGGGUCGCUGGUGCCGCCGCCGUUCAGAGUGGACGGGGCGACGGGACGCCUGGUAACGGCGGCGCUGAUGACGCAGUACAGGCAGCACCGCUUCAGGCUCGAGCUCCAGGCCAAGGAGGAGGCGCCCCCACACCGCUCUGCCACCACCUCCGUCCAUGUGUGGGUGUGGGAAGCUGACCAACUGGUGCGUGUGGUGCUGUCGCAGCCCCCACACGAGGUGGCGCUGCAGCAGGAGGCCAUAGCCGACAUCCUCUCGCAGGUCGCUGAGGGUACCGCGGUCGUCGAUGAAGUGCGCUACCACGUCAUGCCUGACAACACCGUCAACACAAACUGGACGGACAUGUUAGUGCACGUCGUCAACAGCAGCGGCCACGUGCUGGCCAUCGAUGACGUCCUCAGGCAGAUGGACAGAGGCUACAUGCAGCUCACGGCCCCGCAACACAACUUCACCAUCAACAAUGUUUAUCCUGCACUGCUGCCGUCGACUGCAGGGACUGUGGACGUGCGUCUGGCGGGGCUCAUCGCCCUGCUGCUGGUGCUCUUCAUCGGCUUCAUUAGCUUCAGCGUGGUCUGCUGCUGCCUCAGAUAUUGGGUGAUGGGACCGAGUGCCAAGUCGCAAGAGAAUUUGCUGAAGCGCGGCUUCGAAGACGACAUCGGCAUCAACAAAACGGAGAAUCCUUUGUGGCUUGACCAGAAACUGAAGCGGUACGAGGAGCAGGAGCUCUCGAUGCAUGUCAUGAGCGAGUUCGAUACCACGGCUCCUCCGGGCGCCAUGAUGGCGAUGCCGGAUCCCGGGGACCUCCAUCACGGCGUCACGCUCGACGCUGAGUGGAACCCUGACCGCGCCAGCCGCCUCGACCUCACGCAGAUGGACUGCCAGAGCAACACAUACGCGACCAUCCAGAAGUCGCACGGCGGCACCAUCCGCUCCAUGAAGCUCAGGGGGCUGGCACCUGACGAUGACCUCGCCAUGAGUGGCCGCCACCUCGACCAGUACGACUACUACGCCACGCUCGAACAUUUGCGCCGGAGUGACAUGGCUGAGCGGGGCUCCGUGCACCAGAUUCCCGGGCCCAGAGUCCCGGGGGUGCAGACCCCGCGGACGGCCUUCAGUAACGCGCUCGAGGGCCUCGAGUUUACCGGCUCGACAUUCCAGCCUCCUGACAGCGGCGACGGCAGCGGCGGGGGCGCGAGCUUCGCCAACAGACCUCUGCCUCAGGAGCCCGGCAUGGACGGUGCAGCGCGCCCUAGAGCAGCUCUGCGUACUGACGAGCGCGGCCAGCCCAUGCUUGUUGCUGAGCUUAUAUGAGGAGAGGGCUCAUAUGAGGAGUGUGGGGCUCAUAUGAAGAGUUUGGAGCUCAUAUGAGCAGGAUGAGACUCUUAUGAGGAGGAUAGGGCAGAGCUAACCGCCUGCUGAGAUUAAGCUGGAUCGAAUCCCUCAUUUUUUAAUUAAUAUUUCAGACUAUCUAAUAAUGUUUAUUUAAAGCUGGAUAAUGAUUUAGGUAAUUUCUACGUGUAAUUAGGGAAAAGUUACGUUAUAUCAGAAAAAGAGUAAAGGUCCCAGGAAAGUUAAAAAACUUACAUGACGACUUCUAAAACUGCAGCUUUGCGGACAAUAAGUUUUACUCUAGACCCGGACUCUCUUCCCAUUGUGCAAUAAAUUACUAGGUUCCGAUAAAUAAAGCUUGACGAAACAUUUCUAUAAAGAUUUUUUAGUCAUUAAUAAUAUUUUUAUAUAUUUUUUGCGAUUGGGACUGAAAUGAACUGGUGUGUACGGUUCUUAGGGAACACUUAGGUACAGAUAAUUAAUAAAUGAAUCGACCUCCUAAUAACAUCAACAUUUGUUUAAUGAAAGUAUGGAUUGUAAUAAAUAAUAAAUGCAGGCUCAGACGUGGCAUUAUUAGCAGCGAUAGGUUCUCCCUGACUUCUCGCUCGUCUAAGUUUUGCUAGAAUAAGUGAAUAUGCAAGUUUUCGGCGCGCACAAGAGACUUCCGUGCCGUAAAUGUCCGCGCAGUUCUGUCGAUCAGGAUGAAGUGUGCUUCAGAUAUAAGCUAUUGGCGGCUACUGACCCUUGCUAUGCAGCGGUUAAUAAAGCAUGUGGUCAAAUAUUGCUAAUUAAUUUAUUUUAAACUACAACGACGUAUUGAUGCCCCGCAAUAGUCAUGGCUCAAACCCUCUAAUUAGAUUCAUUGCUAUCGUACAUGAAUGCAAUCAUUCCCCGCGUGUUAUCCCGCCACAGAUGUGGGCGGGACGCUACGUAUAAUGUAAAUCUAUGUGCAUGUACUAGGUUGUAAUUUACUCAUUUAAAAUGUACAUAUAAUUAUCGUUAGUAAAUAAUAAUUGUUA